AAAGAAAAACUCCCCCAAAAAGCGGCGCUUUUCCCGGCCGGCUGUUCCUCGGUAAAACUUACCGAACUCGGCGCGGGGAAACACCGGGAGGAGAACCGGGAGGGGAAGAACCGGGAGAAGAACCGGGAGACGAAGAACCGGGAGAAAAACCGGGAGCAGAACCAGCACCGGGAGGGGAAGAACCGGGAGCAGAACCAGCACCGGGAGGGGAAGAACCGGGAGCAGAAGCACCGGGGGCAGAAGCAGCACCGGGCAGAGAAGAACCGGGAGGAGGAGAAGCACCGGGAGAAGCCGCACCGGGAGGAGCACCGGGAGGAGCAGCAGCACCGGCAGGCUCCGCUCGAUGCGGCGCUGAGCCCCCGCGGCCCCGCGGAGCCAUGGCCAUGGUGGCCGGCGCUUGGGGCGAACCGAACGGCGGCGGAGCCGGUGGCACCGGAGGCGGCGGCGGCGGCGGAGCGGAGGAGGCGGCGUCCCCCGGCGGCGGCGGCAGCGACGCGGAGCACGGCGAGGAGGAGCGGCCCGGGGCCGGCGCGGACUGCGUGGUGUGCGGGGACAAAUCCAGCGGGAAGCACUACGGCGUGUUCACCUGCGAGGGCUGCAAGAGCUUCUUCAAGCGCAGCAUCCGCAGGAACCUCAGCUACACCUGCAGAUCCAACCGGGACUGCCAGAUCGACCAACACCACCGGAACCAGUGCCAGUACUGCCGCCUCAAGAAGUGCUUCCGAGUGGGAAUGAGGAAGGAAGCCGUCCAGCGGGGCCGAAUCCCCCCGAGCCACUCCAGCAGCAGCCCCAACCCCCUCCCGGCCGGCGACUUCUUCAACGGGCAGCCGGUGUCGGAGCUGAUCUCGCAGCUGCUGCGCGCCGAGCCCUACCCGGCGGCGCGCUACGGCUCGCAGUACGCGCAGCAGCAGCAGCCGCCGGGCAGCGUCAUGGGCAUCGACAACAUCUGCGAGCUGGCCGCCCGCCUGCUCUUCAGCACGGUGGAGUGGGCGCGCAACAUCCCCUUCUUCCCGGAGCUGCCCGUGUCCGACCAGGUGGCCCUGCUGCGGCUGAGCUGGAGCGAGCUCUUCGUGCUGAACGCGGCGCAGUCGGCGCUGCCGCUGCACAUGGCGCCGCUGCUGGCGGCCGCCGGCUUCCACGCCUCGCCCAUGUCGGCCGAGAGGGUGGUGGCCUUCAUGGAUCAGAUCCGGGUCUUCCAGGAGCAGGUGGAGAAGCUCAACCGGCUGCAGGUGGACUCGGCCGAGUACAGCUGCCUCAAGGCCAUCGCGCUCUUCACGCCCGACGCCUGCGGGCUGUCGGACCCGGCGCACGUGGAGACGCUGCAGGAGAAGGCGCAGGUGGCGCUGACGGAAUACGAGCGCUCGCAGUUCCCGUCGCAGCCGCAGCGCUUCGGGCGGCUCCUGCUGCGGCUGCCCGCGCUGCGCGCCGUGCCCGCCGCCCUCAUCUCGCAGCUCUUCUUCAUGCGCCUGGUGGGCAAAACGCCCAUCGAGACCCUGAUCCGCGACAUGCUGCUGUCCGGCAGCACCUUCAACUGGCCCUACGGCGCCGGGCAGUAGGGACGGACGGACGGACGGACGGAUGGCGGGAUGGACGGAUGGAUGGACGGCGGGGCGGAUGGAUGGACGGCGGAUGGAUGGAUGGAUGGAUGGACAGCGGGAUGGGCCGGAGAACG